CUUGAUAGGAUUAAAUGUUCAAGCCGUGACUGUGGAAAACAUGACAUCAACCAUGACAGGUGGUAGGAUCAUUGUCCAAGCCACAACUACUGCCAUCAUAGGUGGAAAAGGCCUAGCAGGACCUGUAGUCAGCAUACUGGGAUAUCAAGUACAUGGGGAAGUAACCCUGAAAAUUGGUCUUUCCACGAGCAACACCCAGUGUGUCAACCUCCAAGUCCAGGACAAGGACAUCAAGGUCAACAAAGUGUCUCUUCAGAUAGUGGAAACGCUCACAGGUACUUUGUCAGGGACCAUCCCUGUGCCUCUGCCUUUGGACAACAUCAUUUCUCAAUUGUUGACAGUCGCUAUGGAAGAAAAUUUUCAAGAAUCAGAAUCGUGUGACAUUGAGUUCGGUGAUUUCAACGAAUGCAAGAACUCUACUGGCUUGUUCAAGUAUGAAGUUAAAAGCUCCAGGAUUUCCACACGAGGUCUUUCUAUCUCCUACUGUGCUAAAGCCCUCUUUAGCAGUGGUACAGUUCCUGUGCCUGGAGGUCCCCUGUCACCAGAUCCUAAAAAUGCCAACAUUUCCUUAACUCUGUCUUCUAAGUUUCUCAGAGUAAUUGUCACUCAAAGUGCCAAGCAGAGCUCUGUCAAGAUGAAUAACCUGGCUGCAGGCAUCACCAAAAUAGUCUACUCCUUCCAGUCAGGAAACCAAAUCCAAGCCACCUGCUGGGUCACUGUGGAAAAGGAUGGUGAUAGUUUUGCUACUGGGAAAACGAUCUUGAUCCUCUCCCAUGACUGCAGGAUUUUGAAAGACAAACUGAUACCAGACAUCAAGGUUGAGAGCUCUGAACACUCGGUGACACCCCCUGAGGCUGAGGAUGAGGUGCAAGAUAUAAUGUCCGUGGUUCUGAAGAAAUUUUUGUCUGCCGUUAACGAACUGACAAGUAUAUGGAAUGUGCCACCAGGAAUAACCUCAAAUCCUCUAACCAAAGCCAAGGUUGAAGUACUUAAAUCGGUAAGAGAGAAAUAUAAGUAUUUCCCUUUUGCACUAAGGCCUACUCUGUACUUCAUUCACAGGAAUACGAAUGGGGCCAGUGGGCCUCAGCCUCAGUCUGUUCCAGGCUGCCUUAUCAGCUUCAAUCAAACUCCCCACUCUUUCCUAGGUGGAUUCAUUGCCUACUGUCCCUUUAGUCGCAGGUCCUAAAACUGAGACACUCUUGGUUAUAUGCAGGCAAAUAAUCUAUCCAUCCCCAUGAGGACUCUCAUACUUUUCUGACUAUGCCUCAGUCUCUUCUUUGGAA